AUGGAUAGAGACACUAAACUAGCUUUCCGGCUGAGGGGUAGUCAUUCUAGGAAGACAGAAGAUAUCGAUGAUGAUGCAAUCGUGUUCAGAACGCCGAAUGUGCUAUAUCGGGAGACCGAAUCUCCUGUCCGAUCUCCUGCUCACCGCAUGUUGUCUUCGCCAAGACUUGCAAACCCUUUUGAAUUUCCCACCGAUGCUGGUGAUACGAAGGCACAGGACCGCUCUGAACAUGAAUAUCAACCUGCGGAAGAUGAAGACUAUCCUAUGGCUAACCCUGAAAGCGAGAGCGCUGAUAACGAACCGCAGCAAUAUGUGAGAAACGAUGAAGAGCUUACCACUGAGUAUAAUUUCGAAGAUAUUCCCAUUAGACAGUUAUCGUCAUCUAUCACUUCAGUGACCACAAUCGAUGUUCUAUCAUCUUUGUUUAUUAAUUUAUUCGAAAAUGAUUUGAUUCCACAAGCUUUGAAGGAUUUCAAUAAAAAUGAUGAUGACCAAUUCAGAAAGUUAUUGUACAAAUUAGAUCUGCGGCUCUUUCAAACUAUAUCAGAUCAAAUGACUCGAGACUUGAAAGAUAUACUGGACAUUAAUGUAUCUAACAACGAACUCUGUUACCAAUUGAAGCAGGUGCUUACUCGAAGAGAAGACUUAAACCAGCAGAUCAUAUCGGUGCGAAAUGAAAUUCAAGAAUUGAAAGCAGGAAAGGAUUGGCACGAUUUGCAAAGUGAACAAUCCAAACUGAAUGAUAAAGUAAAACUGAAUACAAAGUUGAACGAUUUGACGUCUACUUUACUGGGCCAAUCUCAGGCAGGUGACAGUAUGAUGAGCCAAAGUAAUGAAGACGAGUCGAUACAAGAUGACUCAAACAUCUUGGAUAUUGCACGUUUCGGUAACCUAAUGGAUCCAUAUAACGGACUUCUUGAAAAGAUCAAUAACAUAAAUGAAAAACUCUCUAAUGAAUUACAACCAACUCUAUAA